CAGGUUGUAAAGCCCUCUGAGACAAAUAUUUCUGAUUCUAAACUCUGCCGUACAUCACAUUUUUACUUUAGUUGAUAUUAGGCACUGGUUCCAGAAAAUGAGGCAAAUGAGCCAAACAAAGUUGGCUUUUUCCAUUAAGGGUUCAUUUUCACCCAAAUCAUGAUACUUUUAAAACCCAAAGUCAAAGUCAGCUGUAUUGUCACUUCUUCCAUUUGUGAAUACAGAAAAUCUGAAAGUAAGUUUCUCUGUUGUCCAACAUAAAGUGACUUGUAGUAUUGAUAAUAAUUAUAGUAAUAAAGUAAUAAAGUGCAAAACAGCUAUUUGGACAACAUAAAUUAAGAACUAUACAAAAAUAUGAAUGCAUUAAAGUGUAUCAUAGGAGUCUAAAGAGGAGGAGUGGGGAUUAUUCCCGGUUUGAUUAUGAACUAUGCCAUGGCCCUGUUGAGACUCCGCCCACUCCUCCUCUCUACCUCCAUCUGCCUGAUGGAUCAUGGAGGUCUGGAUCGGGUCCAUGCCUACUACCAACUAUUCAUACACUCUGUCAUACUCAUUGAAUGUGUUGUUACUCUGUAAUGAUUCCUUCUGGUCACAUGACAUCUAUUGCAUGUUACAUGACAUUUAUCCUGGAGAGGGAUCCUCCUCUGUUGCUCUCCUGAAGGUUUCUUCCCUUUUUUCCCCGUGAAAGGGUUGUUUGGGAGUUGUUCCUGAUCCGAUGUGAGGUCAAAGGUCAGGGAUGUCUAUUUGUACAGAUUGUAAAGCCCUCUGAGGCAGAUUUGUAAUUUGUUAAAAUGGGCUAUACAAAAUAAACUGAAUUUAAUUAAUAUACCUAAGGAGAUUUCUGGGGGAAAAGGAGGCAAACUUCUCCCACGUGCCAUGAUCUGAGUGGGAAUGUCCGUCCAACUCUUCAUCUAUUUCUCUGGCUGAAGUGGACCAGUACUGUGAUCAAGUUCAGACUCCAGUCCGUUAUAAUCCAGUCCGUGUUAUGGCCCCGCCCCCUCGUAAUGCAGCGCUGUGAUUGGACGCUGGAUGCUUGUCAGGAAGAAAUCUGCUGUGUUGAGGCCGACGACUCAGACACCAGCAGAGCGACACCGGAGCAGCUCCGUAGAAGGGAUACAUAUUAUAAAUAGAUACAAAAAUAUAUAUAUAUGUUUUACUGCACGCUAAGAAAUAAUUCGGACUAACCGAGCUUCACCGACCGAGUCCCCGUGCUCCUGGUGUCGAGGCCGCCGCGGUCCGCUGCUCCCCUCCCGACGGUGUGUCGCUCGCCUGCCGCAGGUUACAGUCAUCCAGAGCCGCCGCCGCCGCCGCCGCCGUCGAUGGCAUCGCGGGGCGCGCGAGGAGCGCGAGGCUGCGCACCGCCCAGCUGUCGGAGGCUCUUUACGUCGCUAUCCAGCCGGGGAGGGAACCUAUAACGACUCAGCUGUAGCUGCUGGCGGCCGAGGCUAACAGCUGAGAAAAACAACCCCGGCGAAGCUCCAACUACACGGGACGUAUAGCUCAUUUUGAGCUAUAUGACUGACCUAUAGGCGCUCCUUAUUACCGGCGCACUAUUUCUAGCGGCAGCACUUUAAAGCCUCUGCAUCAGUGCCAUGAAUCAGCCCGGACAACAGCUGCGACCCACAUAGAGGUCACUUUACCUCUCGUUCCAUUUGCUCCGGACCAGAGGAUGCUGGGAAUGUGUCGCGGGCGCAGGAAGUUCCUGGCGGCCUCUCUCGCCCUGCUCUUCAUCCCAGCGCUCACCUGGCUUUACCUGUCAGUCGGGAGCUUCCAGGUGAAGCCCCUCCCCCUGUCUCCAUUGGAAGCCCAAUCAUCAACGCCAGUGGGCGGAGCUGGCGAGCGGCAGGCCUUGGAGCUGCGGGUCCGGGCGGUGGAGGAGGAGAACCGAGCGCUGCGCCGGGAGCUGAGCCGGCCGCCCAGGAGCCCGUCGGCACGCCAUCCGAACGGCGGUCACCGUGGCAACCAGAGCCGAACCCAUUCGGAGGAGGGCACCGGCGACAAUGAGGGCCAGAAGGUCGCCGCUGGGGGAAACCGCUCCGACUGCGUGCAGCAGCCGGUGGUGGAUAAGUGCGAGACCAUCCACGUGGCCAUCGUGUGUGCCGGUUACAACGCCAGCCGAGACGUGGUGACGCUGGUGAAGUCUGUCCUUUUCCACAGGCGGAACCCCCUUCAUUUCCAUUUCAUCACGGACUCCAUUGCUCAGCAGAUCCUGUCCUCCCUGUUCCACACCUGGAUGGUGCCGGCCGUCAAGGUGGACUUCUACGACGCAGAUGAGCUCAAGUCUGAAGUGUCAUGGAUCCCAAACAAACAUUACUCUGGAAUCUACGGCCUGAUGAAGCUGGUGCUCACGAAGACGCUGCCGUCCGACCUGCAGAGGGUCAUCGUGCUGGACACAGACAUCACAUUCGCCACUGACAUCGCUGAACUCUGGGCUGUCUUCCACAAGUUCAAAGGUCAGCAGGUUCUUGGUCUGGUGGAGAAUCAGAGCGACUGGUACCUGGGGAACCUGUGGAAAAACCAUCGACCCUGGCCGGCUCUGGGCAGAGGCUUCAACACCGGGGUCAUUUUGCUUCUCCUGGAUCGUCUGCGGAAGCUGAGAUGGGAGCAGAUGUGGCGGCUGACUGCAGAGAGAGAACUAAUGAGCAUGCUGUCCACCUCCUUGGCAGACCAGGACAUCUUUAACGCCGUGAUCAAGCAGAACCCGUUCCUGGUCCACCAGCUGCCCUGCUUCUGGAACGUCCAGCUGUCCGACCACACCCGCUCUGAGAAGUGCUACAAAGACGUGUCGGACCUCAAGGUGAUCCACUGGAAUUCUCCCAAGAAGCUCCGAGUGAAGAACAAGCACGUCGAGUUUUUCCGGAACCUCUAUCUAACCUUCCUGGAGUAUGACGGCAACCUGCUGCGGCGAGAGCUGUUCGGCUGCCCGAGCGAGGCCGACCACAACAGCGAAAACCUCCAGAAGACGCUGUCCGAGCUGGACGAAGACGAUCCUUGCUACGAGUUUCGCAGAGAACGAUUCACCGUCCACCGAACGCACCUCUACUUCCUUCACUACGAGAACGAGCCCAGCGCUGACAACACUGAUGUCACGCUCGUCGCCCAGCUCUCCAUGGACAGGCUCCAGAUGCUGGAGGCCAUUUGUAAGCACUGGGAAGGCCCCAUCAGCCUGGCGCUGUACCUUUCCGACGCCGAGGCCCAGCAGUUCCUGCGCUACGCUCAAGACUCCGAGGUGCUGAUGAGCCGCGGGAACGUCGGCUACCACGUCGUCUACAAGGAGGGGCAGUUCUACCCCGUCAACCUGCUGCGGAACGUGGCCAUGCGCCACGUCAACACGCCCUACAUGUUCCUGUCCGACAUCGACUUCCUGCCCAUGUACGGCCUGUACGAGUACCUCAGGAAGUCGGUGGUGCAGCUGGACAUGGCCAACGCCAAGAAAGCGCUGGUGGUUCCAGCCUUUGAGACGCUGCGAUAUCGUCUGUCUUACCCCAAGUCCAAGGCGGAGCUGCUCUCUCAGCUGGACAUGGGCACGCUCUUCACCUUCAGGUAUCACGUGUGGACUAAAGGCCACGCUCCGACUAACUUUGCCAAAUGGCGAACGGCCACCACGCCCUACAGGGUCCAAUGGGAGGCCGACUUUGAGCCCUACGUCAUGGUGAGGAGGGACAGCCCCGAGUACGACCGCCGCUUCGUGGGCUUCGGCUGGAACAAGGUGGCUCACAUCAUGGAGCUGGAUGCACAGGAGUACGAGUUUGUGGUUCUGCCCAACGCCUUCAUGAUCCACAUGCCUCACGCGCCCAGCUUCGAUAUCACCAAGUUCCGCUCCAACAAGCAGUACCGGGUCUGCCUCAAGACCCUGAAGGAGGAGUUCCAGCAGAACAUGUCGCGGCGCUACGGCUUCGCCGCCCUCAAAUACAUGACGGCCGAGAACAACAGCUAGCCGCCGACGCGGAGCCCCGCUCCCCCCGGCCCGGAACUACUGACGCGCUCGCGUGGGCCGGGGGAGGAGGGGUCACGAGAAAACAGACACGCCCCCAUGCGAGGCCAUCAGGAUACUUUGUUAUAGCGUUUGACCCCCGAGGGUCUUCAUGUCCAUCCUUUGUCCUCGGCUGCGGAUAUAAAAGCUGUGAAAGAGGACGCGAGCGGCCCCGAGGCCCCGAGCUGUGGCCCCCGACGACUGACACACGGCGAGGAAAACAGACAUUGCCAUGUGUGUGUGUGGCCAGCGAUCGGGUGGUCAGUGAGUAACGUGGUGCGUGUGUGCGUGUGUGCGUGUGCGUGUGUGUGUGUGUGUGUGUGUGUGUGUGUGUGUGUGUGUGUGUGUGUGUGUGUGUGUGUGUGUGUGUGUGUGUGUGUGUGUGUGUGUGUGUGUGUGUGUGUGUGUGUGUGUGACACCGCUCAGCAAAAAGUGUAACCCUCCUGUUACCUUUGGGGUCAAUUUGCCCCCAUUCAAUGUUUAACGUCUCCAAAAAAAUGAAUGACAUCAUUUUUUUUGCUUCAUAUUUCACAACUUUUCCUAAUUUAUUGGGGACAACUGGGAAAACAUAAAAUUCACUUGACGAUAUGUUUUCACUGUCCUGUACAAUUUGACCCCAGGCUGUUUUUCACUGUGUAAAACAUAUAAGAAAUAUCAACUUGUUUAUUUAUUUAAAAGGCUGUUUAGGUAGUCAACAAACAAACAUAAAGUGACACUUAAACUUGGGAAACAAUAUUAUUUCUAAACAUUUUCUCUAGGUUUUAAUUGCUCGGGUCAAAUUGACCCCGAGGGUCGAAGGUGUUGGUACAUUUGAAGGUAACAGGAGGCUUAAGGAGAGCUGAAGGUGUGAAACGUUGUGGGCUUACGUUCCGUUUCCACGGCAACCACGAGCAGCGGCCCCCGACCCCGACGCAAACCGUCACCCGGCGAGGGGAGAGAGGCGGCCGGAGGUCGUCCACGCGGUCGAAAAUUCCAAAUAAAUUUAAAAAACAAAUAUAUUAAAAAUAAAUUAAAACAGACAAACUAAAUUAGGGGAACCAACAUUCUGCAUAAAAAGACGAGAUCACUUAAAAGCUGUUCUAUAAAAAUGGGUUUUAAUGCGUUAUAAUUGCUGAUCUAAUGCACUACGAUGAUGCAAGAAUAAAACAUCUGAAAAAAACAG